AUGGACAUCGGUGACAUCAGGAUUUUGUUUUGUGACAUUUUGAGGGUUCCUCCUCCUCCUCCAAUCAGACUACAGCUGGGCUCUGGUGUUGUCCAGCUGAGCGAACAGGCUCCCCCUCCUCUUCCUCCCCCCUCUUCUCCCCGGGACAAUACUGUGCUGACGUACCUGCCUCCGCCGUGGGGAGAGUGCGAGUGGAGAGCCCUGGAGUCCGGGUUCUUCCAGGUUUACAGCGUGACGGCCUGCAGGAUUGACUGUGAGACUCGCUACAUCGUGGAGAACUGCAACUGCCGGAUGGUGCACAUGCCAGGUGACGCGGCGUACUGCACUCCGGAGCAGUACAAGGACUGUGCCGAACCAGCUCUCGCCAAACUGUCGGCGGUGGAGGGCAGCAGCUGUAUGUGCCGCGCUCCCUGUAACAUGACCCGCUACAACAAGGAGCUGUCCAUGGUCAAGAUCCCCAGCAAAACCUCUGCACGUUACCUUCAGAAGAGGUACAACAAGUCGGAGAAGUACAUCAGCGACAACAUUCUGGUGUUGGACGUGUUCUUUGAGGCUCUAAACUACGAGACCAUCGAGCAGAAGAAAGCCUACGAGGUGGCAGGUCUUCUGGGUGACAUCGGUGGACAGAUGGGUUUAUUUAUUGGAGCGAGUAUCCUCACCAUUCUGGAGCUGUUCGACUACGCUUACGAGGUGGUGAAGGAGCGACUGUUGGAUUUACUGAGCAGGGAGGAAGAGGAGGAGAGCCACGCCGAAGAGGUGAACCAGUCCCAAGAUCCCACGACACAUUUCCUCAUAUCCAUCUUCCUCAUUGUCAUGUUUGACGUCUUUCACCAACUUCGCAGAUUGUCAUUUCCAUACACCAUUCAUCUCACCAUCCUGUUUGUAGCUCGUGUGACCCCGUGGCCAACCACUCUGAGUCCAUCAGUCACACGGUGGCGGUGCCGCUGCAGGCCACGCUGGGCACUCUGGAGGAGAUCGCCUGCUGAUCCUCCGCUGUCCUGUCCCACCGGAGUGUCGCCCCCUAGAGGCCACAGCAGCACUGCAGAGACACAGCGCUUGGGACGGGACAGGGCCUGCCAACGGGACGGCAAACCUCACUCCAAAAAGCCACAAAGGGAGAUAACGGAGGUGUCGGCGGACUCGCUCGAUAAACUCCUCAAAGCGCACACUUAUGGACGAGAGCAUGUGUUGAUCUCUUGUUUGCCGACGCAGACAGCAGACUGCGGGGUUGCUUUCUGUGAUGUCGCCCCCUACCUGCAGGACAAGGAACUAGCCCUGCUGUGA